UGUCUAGCUCGCCGGGUCACGUGACGCGCGCACGCGGUGACGUCAGGCACCCGGAAGUAAAUAUGGCGACGGGCGGUGGCGUCUACCGACGGCUCCGCGUCCCCUCGGCCCCCGCGGGCCCCGCGGGCCCCUGGAGCCCGCGGGAGUCGGCCCGGAGCGCAGGGACCGAGUACCGCGAAGAUGUAAGACCAGCAGAAGAGGAGCAGGAGAAGCCACUGCCCCGCAUCAAUGCACACUCCGUCUUCUGGGUGUGCGCCUCGGCUGGAGUAACCUACUACACUGACUUCCCAACAGUGCUGCUCAGAGACAGCACCAUCCAGAGCUGGUGGUUCGUUGCUGCAGUUGUGCUGCUGUGCGUGAGCCUGGCGAUCGCCGCCUAUUGCAUGUUCUACUUGGAAUGGUACUGCUGCGUGCCCGACUACGAGACGCACAACCCCGUCCUCGUACCCACUGCCACGGCCACCUUCAUCCUGGCCGCGUUGUGCUUGAACAUGGCACUGUGGUCCGUGUGGUCUUUCUUCACACCCUUCCUCCUCUUCACUCAAUUUAUGGGCGUCAUCAUGGUGAUCUCGCUGCUGGGCUGACGACGCACAGAUUGUAUUUGCGUGGCAGCUGUACCAGCAUUGACGGCCUCCUUAGCCAUGGAGAUGACGAGCUUGGAGUGGCGCGAGAUCUUCUCUCCCAGCUUCACGGCCUCUCCCAGCAGCUGAUCGGGUGGGCACACCUUGCUGACGAGCCCUGCCCAAGCAAGAGCAACUUAAUAAAUACAAUGUACAUGUACUGGCCCUUUUGUUAAUCCACUGCUGAAUGAGCACGUCCUCACACCGUGCGGAUCGUGGGAGUUAUUUGGCCAUACACUUCACAACGCUGGUCAGUGCGGAUUUGGUGAAGGCAGAUAGCAUCGACGUGGGGACAUAGAAGCACAUUACAGCCAUGGAUUUUGCUACACGAACCAAAUCGAAUAAUAAAUUCACUGUUUAUUAGACAUGGCAUUUCCAAUCUUUUACUAGAUUGUGGGCAAAACAAAGAGCUGUAAAUAUUUUAAUUUAUGAAUAAAAAUGUCUAUUAAAAAAAGUGACGAGUAUUUUUCUGCUGCUAUUAAAAAGGAUGUUUAAUAGCCGCGUGUAAUAAACAGAUGCUUCUCUACUUCA